GCCCGCGGUCUUGAAUGGUGCCUUAAAUAUCUAAAGUGUUAUUGAGUCCAAGCUGAAGCAAAGCUAGCACAGUCGUGGAAACCCGAAAUGGAAGAGGAGGAUCAAAUGAAGCAGCAAAGCACAUCCAUCAACUCCACUACUGAUACUAUCAAUCUAGCCAAACCGAUCCGUUGCAUCGUCAAACUAGGAGGUGCGGCAAUUACUUGCAAGAACGAGUUAGAGAAGAUAAAUGAAGAAAAUCUCAAAAUGGUUUGCUUCCAUCUGCAGCAAGUGAUGAUGUUGGGUUCUUCUUCUGGGAAGGUUACUGGGAUGGAUUGGAGCAAGCGUCCCGGGUUUUCGGAAGCAUCAUGUUCUGUUGAUGAUUUCAGUGAUGAACGAGUAUUGGAUUCUAGCGGUGUCGUUAUUGUUCAUGGAGCAGGUUCUUUUGGGCACUUCCAGGCUAGCAAAUCUGGGGUUCAUAAAGGAGGAUUGAACAAACCUCUUGUCAAGGCUGGUUUUGUUGCUACACGUAUUUCUGUUACGUCGCUCAAUCUUGAAAUUGUUAGAGCCUUGGCCAGAGAGGGUAUUCCUUCUAUUGGAAUGUCUCCAUUUUCGUGUGGAUGGUCAACUUGUGAAAGAGAUCUACCCUCAGCUGAUGUGUCUAUGGUGGCUAAAGCUAUCGACUCUGGUUUUGUACCUGUUUUGCAUGGAGAUGCAGUACUUGAUGGUAUACAGGGUUGCACCAUAUUGAGUGGAGAUGUGAUCAUACGUUAUCUUGCAGCGCAACUAAAGCCUGAAUACGUUGUUUUUCUUACAGACGUUUUAGGCGUAUAUGACCGUCCACCAACAGAUCCUAAUGCAGUACUCCUCAGGGAGAUUGCUGUUCGUGAAAAUGGGAGCUGGUAUGUAGAGAAACCAACAUUACCAAACAUGAAUGCAGUUGAGUUUACUGUAGCAGACCAUGACACUACAGGGGGAAUGAAUACAAAAAUAUCAGAAGCCGCGAUGAUUGCAAAACUUGGAAUCGAUGUCUACAUUGUAAAGGCGGCCACAGAACACUCGUUAAAGGCCCUAAGCGGGGAAUUGAAGGACAACAUACCAGAAGACUGGCUUGGAACAGUCAUCCGGUUUCUGAGAUAAAAGAGAUGGGUUCCUAAAGUUAUGUAUUCUCAUGGAAGUUGGUCCUUAAAUAGGAUAAGGAACACAAGCAGGAGGAUACCAGCUUGCUCAUACUGUCUGUCUUCUUCGCUUUGAUUUCUCAAACCCAUUCGACGGAACUGGAACUAUGCCUUCUCGGCUCACUAAUUAUUCCUUUUUUGCAUGCAGCUUUGGUUGUUACAUUGGCUGGGUUUGGAGUACCAUGUGAAGCAUUUAACUUGAUGUUACGAUACCCGAAUUGGUUUUUUAAGUUAGUCUCUCUCUCCUUUUUAAGUGUUUGGUUCAAUGGUUGAUACUAGAGACUUUUUAUCAUUUUUUCCCUUUCAACAUUUGUUCCAACUUAUUAGGCAGGUAGAUACCAGUGUAUUUUUGUGGGGUCAGUAUAUGUGUUCCACAAUGUGGCCUACUACAUUUUCUUCAGAUGUUACUAAAGAAUUUACUAAUCCAUACCCA